AUCUCCACUUAUCAAAGAGAAAGUGGAAGUGAAAUAGUUUGUUAUGAGUUACAUUGCCCUAAAUGAAUCAUAAUGGCAGUUACCUGUCACUGGUAGCUUCUCCAUUCGUAUCCUUAUGGAAUACACUAUACUUUGUGUUUGUAACUUUGCUCUGGUCAAAAUUGUUCGGCACUAAAAAGAAGAAGGUAAACAGAUCACAUCGAUAUCAAGUCACACGAAGUUCAUACAUGGCCUCUCGGUCUCCUCGAGACAGGGGACCUUGCAAAUCUCAAAACUCCGUGGAUGAAAGCGACGAGGGGUUACCAGGAGAAAUAGUUAGUCUUCGAGCACAUCAUAAGCAAGCUUAUGGAUACAUUGCGAAGGCUUUGCAGAUAGAUGAGGAAGGAGGAGGCCUGGCAACAAAGAAACGAGCUGUGGAUUUUUACAAAAAAGGAAUAAAUGAGUUGGAGACUGGUCUUCAAAUAAGUUGUGAUGAAGAAGGUGAGGAAUGGCAGAAAGCACGAAAACUUCAAGAUAAAAUGAAAUCAAACCUGAAGAAUACAAGAGAAAGAUUAGAUGAAUUAGUGGCCCUGUUGUUAUCAGCAUCUACCAUUGAUGAUCAAGAAGCUGCUAAGCUUAUGGAAGAAAUGGCAGAAGAAGUCAAAGCUGAAGGAACAGCACGUCCAAAGAAUAAUGUUAGUAAACCAUCUUCAACAAAAGAUAAUGCUGCAGUGCUUCGGAAAACAGCAAAUCCCAAAGAUGGUGCAUCUAAACCGGCUUCUAAAGGUGUAAGUUGCACAGUCAAAAAGACAAAUCCUUUGUCUAGUGUGCCAAGUGUUAGACCUACUGUAUCAGGAUGCAGUCCAUUGACAAGCAGGAGAAACCCCACACAGGCCAAACCUCCAGGAAGGUCUGGUGUCACAGCUGGUGCAGAGGAUGGCAGAUUGAAGCAAAUAAAUGACUACAAGAAAAAAAUUUCACACAUCAAAAACAUUGAUUCCAAGUUAGCCAAUCACAUCUUGGAUGAAAUAAUAGAAAGUGGGUCCCCUGUGCACUUUGACGACAUAGCUGGUGCAGAGAAUGCUAAGAAACUACUUCAAGAGAUUGUGAUCCUUCCGUAUCUUAGACCUGAGCUUUUUACUGGUUUAAGAGCUCCAGCUCGUGGUCUUCUGUUGUUUGGUCCCCCAGGAAACGGAAAAACAAUGUUGGUUGGUGAGGGUGAAAAACUUGUUCGAGCUCUAUUCGCUGUCGCUAGAGAGCUUCAACCAAGUAUAAUUUUUAUUGAUGAAGUGGAUUCUUUACUCUGUGAGAGAAAAGAGGGCGAACAAGAGCACAGUCGAAGAAUGAAAACAGAAUUUCUAGUGUCUUUUGACGGAGUUAUUGCUGACCCCAAUGAGAGAAUAUUAGUGAUGGGAGCCACUAACAGGCCACAAGAACUUGAUGAUGCAGCUCUUAGGCGGAUGGUAAAAAGAGUAUAUGUACCGCUACCGGACAAAGAGACAAGGAAAGUCCUUUUGUACAAGCUUCUAGUAAAAAAUCACAAUCCACUAUCUGAGAGUGAAAUGGAGACGUUAGCCAGGCAAACUGAGGGUUACUCUGGUAGUGACCUGACAGCCCUCGCUCGUGAUGCAGCGUUGGGACCUAUUAGGGAACUUCGACCCGACCAAAUCCAGUCCGUGGACGCAGCUAAGGUUCGUGAUAUUCAAUAUAGCGACUUCAGAAACUCAUUGAGAGUAAUUCGACCCAGUCUUUCGCCCCAUUCAUUGAAAUUCUUCGAGGAGUGGAACAGUUCUUAUGGUAGCAGUGCUUAGGGACUGACAGAAGUGGACUUCUGAGCACCGGCUUAAAUGGAACAAAGAAUGAGUGAUUAACACCCUGUUUACACCAACAGAACACGUUUAGUUAAACCCUGAAGAUUAACGAACUUUAAAGCUACUUGAAAAUUUCGAUAAUAAGCCAGCUUUUAUCUACAGAACGUCUUU